CACACAUCGAUGACACGCUCAUGGCACCGUUGCCAAAUCACGAAAGCCAGUCGAGCUGGACGCGUUCUCCAAAAUGAGCGCGAUGGCUUGAGAAAGAUCGAGCGACACGAAAACGCUACAAUGACUCUCGCAGAUCUUGACUUCUCAUCGUCGACCGCGCUUGUAACAGGCGGCUCAUCGGGCAUCGGGCGCGCCAUUGCCGAAGAGCUGGUCGCGCGUGGUGUGCGACGACUCGUCCUCGUCGGACGCGAUCAAGACAAGUUGUCCAAAGUCGCUGGCGAAAUUGAAGCUUCAGCAGCUAAUUUGUCGAUUCGCACAAUCAAAGCUGACUUGACGACUCACGAGGGUCCUCAAAACAUUCAGAAAGAAGUCGACGGCUGGGACUGGACUAUAGACAUCCUUGUCAACAAUGCUGGGUUCGCAAGAGAAUACGUUUUUGGCAAGGACACGGCAAACGACUCUUCUCUGGCCAACAUUGAUCUCUUGGUUCGUUCGCUUGUGGACAUGAGUCUUCGCUUCUUGCCCGGAAUGGUGGAGCGACGUAAAGGUGGCAUCUUGAACCUUGGAUCGACUGCAGGCCAUCAACCAGUCCCGUACACCGCUGUAUACGCCGCAAGCAAAGCUUUCGUCAUAUCCUUCUCGCAGUCGGUCAGAGAAGAGAAUCUCCACCAAGAUACUGGCGUCCGAAUCGCUUGUAUCGUUCCUGGUGUCACCUCGACCAACUUGACCGGCAAGGGCACUGGUGAACAGCGCGGUGCCAUCGACAAAGUCGGUAUAGACAAACCAUCGGAUGUGGCCAAAGCCGCCGUGAAAGCUUUCGAAGAGAACGCUGCUGCUCGCGUUGUUGGGUGGAACAACGCCAUCUUCCAGACCGCAGUCACUAUGCUCCCACAGUCGCUCGUUGCUAAUGUCGUCGCAAGAGUGCGCGGCGCGCCAGGAGACGAGUAAGAUCGAGUCGAAAUUCGGCACCGGCCCAAAGUCUCGAGAAGAAGCUAGAGUCUAGGAGUCUCUCCUAUGUACACACCCUCUUUUACUUGGAGACUUCUUUAUCGUAAUUAACUAGAAAACUGUAUCGUUCUUGUUGCUGUCUCCAGAUUGAGGCGCAUGGAAAGCGUUUGCUAUACAGAAAUAAGCACAAAUAAGCAUACCCCCGGAGCGGAGUCAAACACCGGUGGUGAUGAAUCUCAAAACCUUCCCACCCUAAGUGACCUCAGCGUUCGAUGCAUCCCCACAUUCUCCAGGUUCGAGCUGCUUGCUCUUGACAUGCGA